AGAUAUUUUAUCCGAAACUUUCCUUAAACGGACGAAAGUCCUUCCUUUCUUUUACUCUCUCUUUAUCGAUCUGUCUCUCUCAGCCUGCAAUUCUUCCAAUGAUCAAGGUGCCAGACUCAGAACAUUUGUUUAGUUCAAUUGACGUAUAUGAUAAACCAGAAUAUUUGGCUUAGCUUUGCAUCAACCUAGUGUUAUCGUUUUAUUUCAAUUAUGCUAUACCAUCUGUUUCUUAAUUGGCUCAUUGUGCUCUUAUUUUCUACGCGAAGUUCUCGUUUUUUAGGAUUUUAGAUUUAGACACUGUUUGCUAUAAUUUAGGGGGCAUGAUAUUUGAUAUAGGCCUUUUUAGUGGGAUGGCAGGAGACUUUGGGUUUACUUGUACAUACGAGCAUUAGGAUCGUGUUAGGUUAUUUUUAUCUCAAGCCGUUCCUCAUCAACGAAAGCCGUUCCACAGAGCAAAGACGCGUACGGGGCCAAUAGAUUUUUGGUUUGCGGAACUUCUUGUAUAUCUGGUCUCCCAUGGACGAGGCAUCUGGUUGCGCUUCAAGCCAUGCAUGGAUUUGGGUCAUUGAAGCUCUUGCAAGCUUCAAGGAAGUCGAUGUUUCCAUUUUACAUGAUUUGAUUAAAAUGGCUCCAGAUUUACCUGAUAAUUUGGGGAAAAACAUGAGGGAAAUGCUGGCUUUGAGAUGUUUGGAGGUUUUAUUUGGUCCUAGUAAUGGGAUCACAAAAGAUGGUUGUUCCUCCCUAGCUUCAAACGUUGGGUUUGAUAUAUCAAAAAGCUGUGAAGAUGUUCUCGAGCACAUAGUGCAGGAGACUUCGUUAUCAGAUCUUAAAAUGGCUGGACCAGAGCUGUCAAAAUGGGAUGCUCGCCCCUUUAUAAUCUAUAAAAGAGCCUGUAUGCCUAAACUUGCCUUACAACAGCUGAAAGAUUCACUUCUUGAUGGCAGUCAUCCUUAUGCUGAUUCUUUGAAGGUAAGGAGUGGAUUGCCAUUAACAAAUGCAGGUGAAAUAGUACCUGUGUAUAAUGGUAAGCACAGUGCACUCACACAGAGAGUUAAUAGGAGCUUUUUUGACACUCAACAUAUGGGAUUGAAAGGGAACAUGAUGCCUAGAAUUGCUGAGGGUAGGAAAAAGCUACUGGAAAACAAUUCAUGUACUGGGAUUUUACUAGACUCCAAGAGGAAAAGGGAUGCAUCGGCUACUGAAAAUAUGGAUGAAGACUUCCAUCAAAACCGAAAUAUUUUAGAUGCUUGUGAUGAUCCUAAUAUAAAUGGCAAGAGGCAGAAGCAAUUUGCUUCAUCCACAAUUCAGUCCAGAGAAGUGAGCUCAGUUCCUCUAAAUGAAACAGAGCAUGUAGAGUUUCCAUCUGAAGGAGUUAUGCUGGUUGCUGGAACAGAAAGUUGUGGCUUGGCUAAGUAUCAGAUAGGAAGCCUGGAAGAAGUCAGGGUUCUAGGGGAUAAUCAUGAUGAGCAUACUGCCUCCAUGAAAUGUGGGCAUAUUGCUGAUGAUGAAUUCAACAAUAUUCAAUCAGAGAUUCCUGAUGUCGGUACUAUUAUGCCUUCAGAUAUAUAUGGAGAUGAAGUCAGAGAUGAUAGGGAACAAUGUGCUGAACUUAGAACUUCAAGUGGUCCUCUCUUGGUCAAGACUCGAGGAAAUGAAUCCCAAUGUAACUAUGAAAACCAGUUUCAACUAAAAGCACAAUGUUCUGCAUCUCUCAAUGGAUGCAAAGAGAAGAUCAUUGCACAUGAAGCUGAAGAGGAUAUGGACCAUUGUUGUGAAGUAGGGAUAUCAAGUGAUAGUGAGGGGUCUCACAAUGGUGAUAUUGAUGUCUUCUUUGAGAAAAAUGAGUUUUUGAGCUCUUGGGCAACAAACAGUUAUGAUCCAUCAACUGCUUGGACAUUCCAAGGUCUUUGUAUGAAGUGUAAUGAAGGUGGUCAGCUGUUGGUAUGUAGCACAAGUAAUUGCCCGGUGAUGGUUCAUGAGAACUGUUUGGGUUCCUCACCCAGCUUUGACAACAAUGGUAAAUUUUACUGCCCCUUCUGUGCAUAUUCCCUUUCUAUUUCAGAGUACCUUGGAGCUAAGAAAAAGGCCUCCUUGGCAAGGAAAGAAUUAACUAUGUUUUUUCGUAUGGGUUUGGACCAAAAGCCAGAGCAACUUACUGAGACAUUGCAUAGAGAAAAGCAUAAUCUUUCAAGGCAAAGUGGAGAUGAGGAUCUUCUUGUCAAAAGUCAUGAAAAUGGGUACUUGGAAGAGAGAGUAAAUGGUCAGACUGGUCACGAAUGGGAACAUGCAAAUGAAGUCAAUAAUUUUCAUUGUAGAAGAAGUAUAGAUGAUAAGCAACAAGCAGAACCUUCUGCAUUAUAUGAUAAUGUCAAUUCAGCAUUUAGGGAGGAAGAGCCAGCUGAAAUUACCAGGACACUAAAUGCAUUAACUGAAGAGAAAGAAGGGCAAGAAAAAAUUAUCCAAGCUGUAAGAGUGGUUGAAGGAGACAACCAAGAAGCAGCUGAGCAUGAUGGUCAUAAUUCAUCCUGUAGAAGCACAUAUAUUAUUCCUGUCAAUCAAAGUCCCGUGGAGGAAGAACUCCAGCAGGAUGUUUUUGAGCAACACAUUGCUGACCCACCAGAGGAACCUGUUUGUGCACUUGAUACUCAUGCAGAUGGUGAUAAUUUAUCCUGUAGAAACACAGAUGUUAUUCCUGGAAUUCAGAGACAAUCAAAGGAACAAAUCCAGCAGGAAGUUUUAGAGCAACGGUUUGCCGAGCCAACAAAGGAACCUGUUUGCGCACUUGAUGCUUAUGCAGAGGAAACUUCUGAAGAGGAAAAUGAGAAGUCUAUCAUUUCUAAUUAUUUUAUAAGAUUCCGAAAGAAAGAGAGGCUUGAUACUUACCCAGUAAGUCCUCGGUUAAGGCGAAAGAAAGUUCCGUGGACAGCUGAGGAGGAAGCGAUACUGAAGGAAGGAGUGGAGAACUUUUCAAACACCAAUGACAGAAAUAUUCCAUGGAAGAAGAUUUUAGAAUUUGGUGGCAAUGUGUUUCUGCGCAUUCGGACAACAGUAGACUUAAAGGAUAAAUGGAGGAACUUGUGUAAAGUGGGCCCAAGAGUAUACUCGGAUUUGGGUGCACAGGCUUUGAUUCAACAACCCAGCACGCCCAAUUCCAAGGAAGAGUGGAAGGAAGUCAAGAAUCGCAGAAAGGGAAAGAGGCGAAGGCACAGUGCAAUAAUAAAUUAGUAUAAAUAUAGAGAAACUAAUAUAAAGGUCUGCUAGUUGUUCUGGGAAAAAAAAAAAAAAAAAAAAGUAGUCAUUCUAACAAGCCAAUAAUUCCUGUAAUAGCACCCAUCACAGGAAAUCAAACAUACAAUUAUUUCUAAUUAUUCUAUAAGAUUCCGAAAGCAAGAAAGGCUUGAGUAAGUUGUUUAUAUGCCUAGUUCAUGUUUCUAUAUCUUUUAUCAUCU